UUUCCCCAUUUUCAACCUGAAUGGAAAACUGAGAACAAACAUCCGGUUGUUGUUGUUGUGCUAAUUAUUCGAUCAAUCCGUGUUAAAUUGUCUUGCCAGCUUUUGCAACGGCAGUUUUUAUUAUUUCUCGAUUUUCCUCUAAAGUUGGAUUCAUGUUCUGUUUGUGGGUGUUGGGGUUCACUUCGCUGCUUGCUGUAAUGGUGGAAGGGUAUGAAACAUCUGCCACCAUGCCGGUAAAACACUACCUGGUGCCUGGUCAUUUUAAACGGACACCAGGGUUAGAAAACGAAUUUGUGAGCGACUACUACUGGUCCGAGGUCAUAAUACCUCAUGGGACAGAUUUUCGAGUGACCUGCCCACGAGAGAAUUUCAAUGCCCCGCCAACGGGAUGGGAUUUAGAAGCGGGGCCGAAUGCGGGCAAUAUGGUAGGAAUUAUGGGUGGACGAUACAGUUCCAACUUUGAGACAUACGGCACGCCAGGAUGCCCAGAUACCUUAACAAGAGAUUUGAGGCGACAGUGCUGGAUGCAUCAAGCUUGCACUAUCUCCGCUCAAGAUCCUUCCACGGACCCUUUCUGCUCCAAGCGACCACUACGGCUUCGUUACCGGUGUCUUAACGAGGGAAAGGCAGUACUUGUCACAACCAUUAUCGAAUAACCUAGCCGGAAGGAACAUGGCUUCUUAUCAGCUAUCCAGACCAUGUGACUGUGUUUACCUGCUCCCGCUAGAAUCUGCUCGCGCUAGUCCCUGUGGUUACACAUGGCAUGGUAUCUCAGGUCGUCGUAUUCAGCCAAAAGUAAAGAUGCAGGAUGCUUACCAUUAUUUGUGCUUAUGUAUUUUAUUAUUCGAUCUGGCUUGAUUUUACUGAUGCCUAAUUGACGGACUAAUAACUCAUGCAAGACUCUUAAGCUAAGUUUGUUGUGUUCCCUACCCAGCUGCCCUUGACAACUUCUGACGGAAUGAACGAAUAUCAACAGACCGCUCCGGAAAGUUCUAGGUGUGAAGUAGUUCGCCGAUACGCCGUUAAAGGUUGCGUAUAAAGUUUCAGAUAAAAGGAA